GUCCACAGUCAAAACCCUUCGACAGUGUUCAAUGGACUCAGCGGAAUAAUCAUGAUAUUAGUCCAAAAAGUAUAAACUGAGAACACAUAACUCCAACUUCCAUGGCACUAUGCAGAGGACUUCUGAGAUUGCUGUCUUAUGGACUGCUAAUAAGCAGUAUUCUCAUCAUGUUGCCAUAUUACGGGUGGGACAUUUCUCAACAACUAAGAGCAAAAAAGAUGCUCCAGGUACAAGAGGAGAGGAAGCAAGUGAUGAGAGACUUUUGUGAGAAUGAAAAAAAGUUACAUUUAGAAUAUUUGAGGAGCAGCAUGCUCCAAAACUUUAUUGUCGACGAUGCCCACGGACUGAUCUACUGUUCCAUUCCCAAGGUGGCAAGUAGCAACUUGAAAAGACUCAUGUUCAUCCUAGGAAAGGGUGAGCCAUUCGAUGACCCUAGACAGAUAACUGGAUACAUCCAUAACAAACUUCCUCUUCUGAGUAUGUUCUCAAGAACUGAGAUCAAGGCCAAGCUGAAGCACUACACAAAGUUCAUGUUUGUCAGAGAUCCCUUUGUUCGUCUUAUCUCUGCCUACCGAGACAAAUUUGGGAGACAAAAUGAGCCCUUUUAUAAAACACAUGGGCAAAAUAUUCUCCGUCUCUAUGGUAAUGUAACACGUCUACCAAGGACAAUGGACCAGGCCUUUGCAUUAGGCAUUCAUAUCACAUUUUACAACUUUAUCCAAUACCUGGUGGACCCACUGACUGAAAAGAGAGUGCCCUUUGAACCUCACUGGAGACAGAUGCACCGCUUGUGUCACCCCUGCCUCAUACAGUAUGACUUCAUUGGUCAUCAAGAGACCCUACAAGAGGAUGUGGAACAUCUGCUAAAUAUACUUAAGGUUCCCAGCAACAUACAAAUCCCCUCUUCGUAUCACAACCUGACAUUCACCGAUUCUGUGGAAAGCUUUUUUCAAACAGUGCCUCUAAAGGACAGGAUAAAACUGUACAAACUCUAUGAAUCGGACUUCAAAGUUUUUGGAUACAGAAUGCCAGAUGAACUGCUGAAAGAAUGAGAAGAAACCAAGUCCUUUUUUUUUCAUUCUAUUUGAGCAACGUUCAUAUCAAGUCACAAACUGUGUGUGUCAAAUAUUUAAAAUAAUUGUAUUUAUCGACACAGAAUAUGCCAGCUGUGCAUUUGCUAACCUAAACAUUGGCUAUUCACUGGGUGGCAGCAGAUGCCUAUAAAAAUUCCUAACGGCUGUUCUUGCAGGUCUAAUUCCAUUAUGAGCCACAGGGUGGUGCAGUAUGACGCAUUAUUCAAGCACUAAACGUUGCAUUAUAUACACGAGGCAGAUGGGUUUCCCAGUAUCUAAGGUGAAUUAGUCCGAAGAAUCUGUAUCCACCGUUCUGUUCUCUGACAUUUUGUUGUACUGACGCUGCCACAGCGAGUAAAUUGUAGAGCAAAAGAGCACAUAUUAAAGACAAGUUUAAAACUGCAUCUGUGGAAACCAAUGGCACAUUACUGCAAACUGCUCAGUCUUUCCUUUAGUCAUUCAUUCCCUACAACUUUAGAUGGUGACAGGUGCAGGUGAAGACAUUUCCAUAUUAGUGAAGACAAGGGAAACUCUAUACGGUAGUCUUACGAUAACAGCCACAGCAGAAGCCCUGGCAACAGUGCAACAGGAGCAUCAGGGCAUGCCAAUGACAACUGACACAUCAAAAAGCUACACAUACAUAAAAACAGGGCUGGGCAAACUUCUUGGCCACAUUGGCCACAUUGGGUCCUACUCCCUGGUACAUCUAUGGCAAAGGCAAUCACCAACUGACUCUUUACAAUAUAAAUCAAAUUUACUGUUGCUCUGAUAUUUUUGUA